AUGAGGGAAUUCAUUGCUUUUUCGUUGUCUACUCUUGAUUUAAACUAUGACAUUAUGAAUGAUCCUCUUCUUAUAUUUUCUGAGGGCAAUAUAAGGAUUGUGAGAAAAGUCAUCACCUAUGGUUCACAUGUGACAUUGGAGUCCUUGCUGAAGGAUAAAGGACUCAAAACAACAAUCAAAGAUCUCAUCCGCGGGAGUGGAAGGUCAUAUCCUCAAGAAUUUGAAGUGCAAAUGAAUCUAGAGAAAGCAGAUGGUGUUCCAGAGAAGCAGCAGGAGGCCACCUCCGUUGGGCAGGAAAAGGUGUCCCUAGCAACCCAGCUAAAUGACAUUUCUAAAAGGGAAAUGGUAGCGGUCCUCUGA